AUCUCGUUGAAAAUAAUUCAAGAAAAAAGAACUCCAUCACCUAUGUUGCCAAUUAUUACUUCAUAUCAUCGUCUGCGGAAUCAAUGGGUGGGAUAUUUAGCAAGAAAGGAGAAUCUGGAUUCUCUGUCUCUUCCACCGCGGAGAAAGUUACUCAAGGGAUUGACGGAAGCGGUCUUACCGCCAUUGUUACAGGCCAUGUUCUUCUUUACGCUUUCUAUAAUUAACUUCAUUGCCUGUGUCUCUCCAACUAAGGUUGUAAGGUUGCUAAAUACUUUAGUGUGCGUGAACUUUGUUUAUAUUUCAGGAGCUUCAAGUGGUAUUGGCGUAGAGACAUCGCGUGUUCUUGCAGGGAUUAUGGCAACUCCAUUCAAGCUCUCCAAAGACAACAUAAAACUCCAUAUCGCAACUAACCAUUUAGGUCAUUUUCCCCUCACAAAUCUUUCUUUAGAGACCAUGAAAACCACAUCACGAGAAAGAAAAACAGAGGGAAGACUUGCUAAUGUAUCAUCGCUAGGUCAUCGAUAUAUAUACCGUGAUGGAUUUUGUUUUGACAAAAUUAGUGACGACUCAAGAUACCAGAAAUAUUAUGCUUAUGGACAAUCCAAGCUUGCUAACAUAUUGCAUGCUAAUGAGCUUACAAGGCGUCUGAAGGAAGAAGGGGCAGAGGUAACAGCUAAUUCUCUUCAUCCUGGAACAAUGCUCACCAAUUUUAUGCGCUAUGAUUGCUUUUUAUGGUGUCUGCUUAAGGUGCUGGGCAUAUUGGUCUCCAAAACAGUUGAACAGGGUGCGGCAACAACAUGCUUUGUGGCGCUCCAUCCACAAGUAAAGGGAGUAGGGGGCAAAUACUUUGUAGACUGCAACGUCACCAAACCGAGCUCUCAGGCAAAAAAUGCAGAUUUGGCUGCAAAACCCUGGGAUUUUAGCUCGAGUUUGACCAAUCCGGAGUAGCAGGAGUUAAUGUUCUUUCUGAAGUGUCGUGAAAUAAAAUUGUCAAAUUGUAAACUGCAAUCAGAUACUGGAUCCAGACUAAAGUUCAGAUUUGUACUCAAUUGUCUUUAAAAUUUAGUUAUCAGGCAUGUUACCAUCAGCCAAUCCUUACAAGAUAUGCUGAAGCAGCUUCAUUGUAUUUUGGUUGUCUUUUCAUAUAUUUGGCAUGACCUGUAGGGAGCAGCAACUGAAUGUUCCGUGGCGUUGCAUCAUUAUAUUAAGGAUUUCAACGGUGAAUGUACCAUGGACAGCAACAAAGCCGAUCUGAGCUCUCAAGCUAACGAUGCCGAAUUGGCAAAGAAGCUUUGUGAUUUCAG